GAAAAUACUCCGAAGAUGAAGUUUUUACAAUUGAAAUUUCUGAAGAUAAAAAGUAUGAAUUGCUCAAACAUAUGGUAAAAAAACGCUUGGCACCUUUAUUUGAUCCUAUUCCUUCUACUCAAAUCAUUCUACGUUCAUCUCCCAAUGGUAUUAUUUUUAAACCAAUGAUUAAAAUUUCUAAAGACUUUACUUCUACCCUCGAUGAAAAUGGCGUUCAUAUUUACGUAGAUCCCCCAAGAAAUUAA